UCCGGGCCAAUAGAAAGCGGCGUGUGCGUCGUGCCGCCGCCACCAUCCGCUGUAGGGAAUCCGAGGCAGCGAUGGCUGCGGCAGCAAGCGCCGCUUUAAAUGGUUCGGCGGCUAUGGCAGCGGCGGCGAAGAGUCGAGCGAAGCGCUACGACAAGAUCGACUUCCUUGGCGAGGGACAGUUUGCCACGGUCUACAAGGCCAUGGACAAAGUAACGAACAAAAUUGUUGCAAUAAAAAAGAUAAAACUGGGACACAGAACAGAGGCAAAGGAUGGCAUUAACAGGACUGCCCUACGGGAAAUCAAAUUGCUGCAGGAAUUGAACCACCCCAACAUCAUAGGACUCUUAGAUGCCUUUGGCCACAAGUCAAACAUCAGCUUGGUGUUUGACUUCAUGGACACUGACCUCGAGGUAAUUGUUAAGGAUACAAGCCUGGUUCUGAGUCCUGCGAACAUCAAGUCCUUCAUGGUGAUGACCCUCCAGGGCCUGGAAUACUUGCACAUGCACUGGAUUUUACACAGGGAUAUGAAGCCCAACAAUCUUCUGCUGGAUGAGCAGGGGGUGCUCAAACUGGCCGACUUUGGUUUGGCCAAGUCCUUCGGCAGUCCAAGCAGAGUGUACACCCACCAGGUGGUGACGCGGUGGUACCGCUCUCCGGAGCUGCUCUUUGGAGCUCGGAUGUACGGAGUCGGGGUGGACAUGUGGGCCGUCGGCUGCAUCCUCGCCGAGCUGCUCCUCCGGACACCGUUCUUGCCUGGUGAUUCGGAUCUCGAUCAACUGAGCAAAAUCUUUGAAGCGCUUGGAACACCCACGGAGGAGCUGUGGCCGGGGAUGACGAACCUCCCUGACUAUGUGGAGUACAAAUCCUUCCCGGGCACCCCGCUCGAGAACAUCUUCACAGCGGCCACCGACGAUCUCCUGGAACUCCUCCAGGGCCUCUUUACAUUCAGCCCUGCUGCCCGCCUCACUGCCACGCAGGCGAUGCAGAUGCCCUACUUCAGCAACAGGCCGGGUCCCACGCCUCCCGCCCAGCUGCCACGGCCCAGCUUUGCCCGCGAAAUCAUGAAGGAGCACGAGCGUGGCACCAUCAAACGGAAGAGGUUCGAAGACGCUGAAGCAGGGUGCCUGGCCAAGAAGCUGAUCUUCUGAGUCUUCUCGGGGAUCCACGGUGCCUCCACUGACCGCCGAAGAUGGAAGUGCUUGAAUGAGCGCGUAACGUACAUUCUUUUGCGGGAGCCCCCUCCACAAGACGCACAGGCCUUUUGUCAAUCCAGUGCUGGAUUGUUAAUAUGCCCAUACUUUACGAUGCCCGUCAGUGCGGGUUGGUGAAGGUGGGGAGCAUAGAUGUGACAGCAUAGACAGUACAAUACAACAAUGUGUUUUUACUGCACGGCCCUCCCCCGCUGCCCACCAUAUAGACCCCCAGCCGCCGAUAAGCAACCCGGAGUGCAAGGUGGUCGUCAGUCCACGCACACAUUCGGGCUGAAUCCUAUUGGCUUCCAAGGUCUGAUGAAUUUAAUUGGUGUCCGGGGCAUUUCAGAAAUUAUUUUCAAGCGGAUCGCGGUACGGUCUGAAUUCUCUGCUUUGGAGCAUAGCUUCGCAGACUCCACUCCUCACAUCCUGCCACUUGGCACGUACGGCCGUUUUGUCAGUCCAGAAUUGGAAUAUUUAUACUGGAGGAAUCCGAUCGAGCUGUAAGGUUAUUUCUCACAGAUGUCCGGAUUGCCCAGUCCGCUGCUGGACACGAGAGCCUUUCCCACGCCUUCGUCGGUUGAGGAUUAUUUGUAAGAGGUUUUUUUGGGGUUCGAUCGCGUAGACAUCAAAGUGUCGUUAAACCAACCACCACCAGACGGCCAAUUAGUAAGGUUUGUCACGUCAACAAAACGUGCCAAUUAGCUACUUGU